UAGCUACAACAACAAAUGGUAGCAACCAGGAAGGAUUCUAUCUGAAGAAUUUGCGGAAGAAUCCCCCCAGUUUGGUAUUCUGAUUCUCUUCCUAGAAAUGCUAUCAACAAUUACACUUAUUUCUUCCAACCUCUGUUUUCAUACACCACUACUAUCCCUUAUUAACACUCACAACUCUUUAAACCAAAUCCAUAAACCCUUAAACAAACCCAUAAUUACCCAAUAUCAUCCUUUCCAAUGUUAUUCAGCAACGUACGAAGAUUAUCAGACACACCCAUCUUGUUCCGAUAAUUCUACCAACAGUUAUGCAGCAGAAAUUGGUAAUUUGCUUGGUAAUUGUACAUCGAUUAAGGAAGUUAGAAGGUUACAUGUUGUUGUUGCAAAAGGUUUUGGAGAUUCAAGGGUCUUUCUUGAUAACAAUUUGAUUAGUGUGUAUGUGAGAAUUGGGCGUCUCACGGAUGCACGCAAGGUGUUCGAUCAAAUGCUUGAGAGAAAUGUUGUUUCUUGGACAGCUAUGCUUGGUGGGUAUUUGAAACACGGCUACGAAGACGAAGGGUUGAGGUUGUUUAUGGAUUUUGUGGACAGUGGGAUUCGCGCGAAUUCGAAAACUUUGGUGUGUUGUUUGAAUAUGUGUAGUGGUAGACUAGAUUUUGAACUUGGGAGACAGCUUCAUGGUUGGGUGAUAAAAGGGAAUUUUGGUAAUAUGAUUGUCGAAAGCGCGUUGGUUUAUUUUUACGCACAAUGUGGUCACCUGGACGAAGCGUUUCGCGUGUUUGAUAGGAUGCGGGAGUACGAUGUUGUGUGUUGGACGACGAUAAUAACCGCUUGUUCUCAACAUGGUAGAACCAAAGACGCGUUCAUGUUGUUUUCGAGAAUGUUGUCGGAUGGAUUUGCGCCUAACGAGUUUACGGUUUGUAGUGUUUUGAAAGCUUGUGGAGAAGAAAAGGCGUUGAAAUUCGGCAGACAGUUACACGGAACUAUCGUUAAAAAGCUGUUUAGAAAUGACGUUUUUCUCGGGACUUCAUUGGUCGAUAUGUACGCAAAAUGUGGCGUAAUGGAAGAUUCUCGGAUUGUGUUUGAUGGAAUGAGAAGACGAAACAUGGUUACGUGGACGUGUAUUAUAGCGGGUUACGCACGCAACGGUCGUGGAGAAGAAGCCAUUAAUCUUUUCAGGGUGAUGAAAAGGCGUAAAAUAUUCGUCAACAAGUUAACGAUGGUGAGUAUGAUUAGGGCGUGCGGGAGUAUCAAAGCGUUACAGACAGGCAAAGAGUUACACGCGCAAAUACUCAAGAAUCACAUUGAGGAUAACAUAUACAUAGCAAGUACACUUGUAUGGUUGUAUUGUAAAUGCGGAUAUUACUCAUACGCGAAUAGUGUGCUCCAACGAAUGACUUUUCGAGACGUUGUUUCGUGGACAGCUAUGAUCUCCGGGUGUGCGCGCUUAGGUCAUGAAUCCGAAGCUCUCGAGUUUCUAAAAGAAAUGGUGGGUGAAGGAGUUAUUCCAAACCCGUUCACGUUUUCUUCGGCUUUGAAAGCGUGUGCUAAACUAGAGAACGUUUGGCAAGGGAAGUUGAUACAUUCAUCGGUUACCAAAUCGCCUGCUUUGUCGAACGUGUUUGUCGGUAGUGCAUUGAUCAAUAUGUAUUCGAAGUGUGGGUAUGUUGACGAGGCGAUUGAGGUUUUCGAUAGCAUGCCGGAAAAGAAUUUGGUUUCAUGGAAGGCGAUGAUUGUUGGGUAUGCGAAGAACGGGUUAUGUAGAGAGGCUAUGAAGCUCAUGUAUCAAAUGGAAGCCGAAGGUAUCGAGGUGGAUGAUUAUAUACUCGCAACUGUUCUUACCGCCUGUGGUGAUUUUGAACGUAGCGAUGAUGAAGAUCCGGCCAGGUAUUCAUUGCGGUCGGGUGAUCAAUGAUCUCCUUGUUUUUUUGUUAAAUGUGUUGUGCCAUAUAUUUGUUAUAUUUUUUAAUUGUAAUUCAUCAAGGGUAAAGUUUGUACAUAGGGUGAAAUCAUAUUCAACCCCUUUGUUAUUUUGUUGAUUCAUUAAUGGUUAAGUCUUUAAUGGGUCUGA